UUUUUUUUACAAUAGCGUUCUUGUUUCCACUCGGACAAAAACGUAACACAUUAAACGCCGUUUCCAUAGUGACGCAAACACUUACUCCCAGCGCGACCGUAACCAUCUACUGACAAGUUUACAUCCCGUUACAUUUUUAAACAAUUAACCCUGGAGAACCCAAGACCCCUUUUCUUCUUUGGAAAAUUAUGAACUAUACAUUAAAUGACUGCUAUGAGUCCACUGAACACCAAAAUAUCAACUUUUUCAAUUUUAACCCUUUAUUCCCUGAUUUAGGAUUAGGGUCAAAUCUGACCCAUUGGGUUUUACGCGUAUCAUUUCAAAGAAUAACAAUAGGAAACACUGUCAAUGUUGAUCACCGCAAUAGACAAGAAAUGCCAGAAAAGUAUCAUAUACUAACAACGGCUCCGAAUGGGAAAUUUACAGUGUUCAAGACGCACAUCCAGCAUGUCAACUCCUCCCAUGGAAUCAUUGUACUCCUGGAUGUUCAGCUGAUCUGGUCUGGGUUGUCAUGGCAACCUGUUCACCUUCAAAGCUCACAUCAGGCAACUCAAAGCCUUUCUUUUGCCACUUGUAAGCUUUUGCGGCACGAUUUGGCUCCAUCUGUGAGCUAGCAGUCUCGGCAAACGGCACAUCCUCAUCAUUGGACGAGUCAUUGUCUUGGGCAGAAGAUUCACAUCAUCACUUUCAACAUCUGGUUGAAACAAUUAAUCAGAAUCGCUAUCGCUGGUUUGCUGAGAAGAGAAUUUUGUUAGGGUAGGUUUCCAGCUCAACAAAACACCAUUUGGUCAGCUAUCUUGUCACUCCCACUCUGGCUCGUGUCAGUUCAAUAUUUAUCCACUAGGUGUCUCUAUGCAGGGGCCAGAAGUAGCACUCUGAGCUUUUGAGGUUAAAUUUGACUUUUUUUUGGUUUUCCAGGGUUAAUUUAGCAUCUACAGUAAAUAGUUUUUACGUUCCCACCAUGAUCCCACCGGCAGACUCGCUGCUGAAGUAUGACAACCCGGUGCUCAUGAGCCAAAGGCCAAGACUCAAGUCUCCAAAGGGUCGCAACUUUAAAGUCAGUCCCCAGCAGUCUCCAGACACCACCCCUGUGCCUCCUCCCCCCAAACCAAAACCAGAGACUGAACAACACAAUGAAGACAUCCUCAGUUCCAUACUUCCUCCCAGAGAAUGGAUAGAGGGGAAUCAAUUAUUUGUGCAGAAAGUGUCCAGUGCCUCUUCUACAAGAUCAGAUGUGAUUAAACUAACUGAACAACUGGACACAAAGUUACAACAGAAACAGGCCAGACUCACAGGCAUCUGCCCAGUGCGCAGGGAACUCUACUCACAGUGCUUUGAUGAGCUGAUCAGACAAGUGACCAUAAACUGUGCAGAGAGAGGUCAGCUGCUGUUAAGAGUGAGAGAUGAAAUAAAGACAACCAUUGCAACAUAUCAGACAAUCUACGAGAGCAGUGUGGCAUUUGGGAUGAGGAAGGCCUUGCAGUCAGAACUUGACAAGUCUGACAGGGAGAAAAAGGUAAAUUACAUAAUUUACACUAUUGUUGUUCAUUCAUUGUUAUAUUUACAACGAAACCGAUUACACAAUAUGGACUCUUAUGAGCUUUAAGAUAUGUUAGAAUGUUGUUAUCUCAUUAGAAACACACCUAGACCCCUGUGUUUUAUUUCAUUCACACAUGUUUAAGUAAUCCUGGAUUAUUGUACUACUCUUCU